AUGGGUGCUCUCAGAAAAGUGAAGAACAAGCGCCGCACCAGAGACUACGAUCAAGUCGUCGCGGAUAUCAAAACUCCCCGUCACCUCCAGAAGUACAAGGACUCGAAGGAUGUGGAGGAUCUGCCUGGUCUAGGCAAGUUCUACUGCACAGAGUGCUCCAAAUGGUUUGAGAGCGACUACAACCUCAAGGCCCAUACCAAGGGCAAGAACCACAAGCGGAGACUUCGUAUCCUGCGCGAGGAGCCUCACAGCCAAUUGCUUGCCGAACGUGCGAUCGGACUGGGUCUCGUCGACAACGGCAAGCGCGAAGAGAACCCCGAUGAGAUGAAGGAGUGA